CUUCUCCCUCUUCUUCUCCUUUCCCACAGGUCUCAGGCAAGGAAAGCUCAAUGCCAAGGGAGAGGGACAACAGGUCUUUAGGUUGGCAGGAUCAGAGGAGAAGUUGGGCUAACAGGACAUCAUCACACCUCAGUGGUAGUGGGACUCCUACCCAGUCUACCAACACCCUCCCUGGGGCUAACAAUAACUCAGAGCCUACCAAGAUGAGCCCUCUACACAGGACAACCAGCAACAACCAACAGCCCUCACACACUGAGGUUACCCCCUCUGGAACCAAAUCUGCAGCGUACAGGAGCAACAAUCCUCUAUGUAGGACAAACAGCAUCCAACAGAAACCCUCACACGCUGAGUUAACUCUUUAUAGAACCAGCUCAGAGCCUUUCAGAGCAACCUUUCUACACAAAAGAAAAAGUAGUCUUCCACAACCUUCUCCUGCUGGGGUAGUAUUACUCCCGGCCCCUGGGAUCACUACAGGUACUACCAUGGUCCUGAAGACAACUAAACCAGCCUUCUCCUCCAUCACUAUUGCCUCCAAGAAGAUCUCCAGGACGGCAAGCCUCCCUGGAGCUAGAGCCCCCAGACCCCAGAGCUACCACUCUGACGAGGCCAGGGACCCAGGCUAUAAAGCCCCCAGGCCCCAGAGCUACCACUCAGACGAGGCCAGGGUCCCAGGCUAUAAAGCCCCCAGGCCCCAGAGCUACCACUCAGACGAGGCCAGGGUCCCAGGCUAUAAAGCCCCCAGACCCCAGAGCUACCACUCUGACGAGGCCAGGGUCCCAGGCUAUAAAGCCCCCAGGCCCCAGAGCUACCACUCUGACGAGGCCAGUGUCCCAGGCUAUAAAGCCCCCAGACCCCAGAGGUACCACUCUGAUGAGGCCAGGGUCCCAGGCUAUAAAGCCCCCAGGCCCCAGAGCUACCACUCUGACGAGGCCAAGGUCCCAGGCUAUAAAGCCCCCAGACCCCAGAGCUACCACUCUGACGAGGACAGGGUCCCAGGAUAUAAAGCCCCCAGGCCCCAGAGCUACCACACAAACCAGGCCAGACUCUCCACCACCUGCACCUCUGUCACCCAGCAGGACCAGGUCCAUCAUCACCACCCCACCGGCAACGACCCCAGCUCCACCCCUGUCACCCUCAGGAGAAAAACCACCGCCACCAUAGUGAAAGUGACCGAGCACAGAAGGAUGAACUCUGAACAUGUCAAUCAACUGAACGGAAGGCAGAGCCCUGUUUCAUCUGUGUCAGGUGACCAACCAAAUGAUCAGGGCACAGUGGUUCACAGGAGAAAAGCCACCAUCAUAAAAGUGACAGAGCACAGAGAGAGCUACAGCCCGGGUCAGGAUGCCAGUGGUGGGGACAGCAGCAAUACGCCGUCAGAGUACACACACAGUUACACAGAGGGAGUAUACAGCCCAGGUCAGGAUGCCAGUGGUGGGGACAGCAGCAGUACGCCGUCAGAGUACACACACAGUUACACAGAGGGAGUAUACAAACACAACUCCCCGUGGCAACAAGGAGCCAUGAAUUCACCCAUGAACUCUAUGGAGUCACUCCAGAGUACCCCUCCCUCCCAGUACCUUCUAGAAUCAUCUAUGGACAGGAUAGACAGGCACAACUCUGCUCUGUUCGUGACUCCUAACAAGUUCACCUCAACCACUACAGUUGCCCUUAGGGACCCAGAGGGAAGCAGAGGUGGAGGGAAGCCAAUACAGAAGUCCACCCUGAUGCUUUUCAUCAACCCCCCUUCUCCCUCUUCCAAAGAGACGGCCAUAGAAAAGGUUGGUGGAGAGAGAGGAGGCGAAGAGAGAUGGGCUCGGGAUAGAGCCAGGAGACCAGUGAGCUGCUAUGCUAAUGUGUUUAGUCACACUGACGCGACAGAGCCGUGGCCGGUCCCAGAGACUGUUACUGUUACACAAGCUGGACCCAGGCCUUGGAUCCCAGAGACUGUAACUGUUACACAAGCUGGACCCAGGCAUUGGAUCCCAGAGACUGUAACUGUUACACAAGCUGGACCCAGGCAUUGGAGCCCAGAGACUGUAACUGUUACACAAGCUGGACCCAGGCCUUGGAUCCCAGAGACUGUUACUGUUACACAAGCUGGACCCAGGCAUUGGAGCCCAGAGACUGUAACUGUUACACAAGCUGGACCCAGGCCUUGGAUCCCAGAGACUGUAACUGUUACACAAGCUGGACCCAGGCCUUGGAGCCCAGAGACUGUUACUCUUACACAAGCUGGACCCAGGCAUUGGAGCCCAGAGACUGUUACUGUUACACAAGCUGGACCCAGGCCUUGGAGGCCAGAGACUGUAACUGUUACACAAGCUGGACCCAGGCCUUGGAGCCCAGAGACUGUAACUGUUACACAAGCUGGACCCAGGCAUUGGAGCCCAGAGACUGUAACUGUUACACAAGCUGGACCCAGGCAUUGGAGCCCAGAGACUGUAACUGUCACACAAGCUGGACCCAGGCCUUGGAGCCCAGAGACUGUUACUGUUACACAAGCUGGACCCAGGCAUUGGAGCCCAGAGACUGUAACUGUUACACAAGCUGGACCCAGGCAUUGGAGCCCAGAGACUGUAACUGUUACACAAGCUGGACCCAGGCAUUGGAGCCCAGAGACUGUAACUGUUACACAAGCUGGACCCAGGCAUUGGAGCAUGGGACUUCCCAACCAGACCCAGAAUUCUAAUAUUGACCCAGUGAGGGACUGGGUGAAGGACACUGCUACCAGCAACAGCAGAUUAAACACUGUAUCUUCUAGCUCUUCCAUCAGUGCUGGACCAGCAGGCAGGGACAGGGAGAUGUGUCCCCCAGAGACAGAGUCCUCCAGACCAGCAGGCAGGGACAGGGAGAUGUGUCUCCCAGAGACAGAGUCCUUCAGACCAGAGGGAAGAGGUACUGGACCAGCAGGCAGGGACAGGGAGAUGUGUCCCCCAGAGACAGAGUCCUCCAGACCAGCAGCCAGGGACAGGGAGAUGUGUCCCCCAGAGACAGAGUCACAUGAGUCAUCCUCCAGACCAGAGGGAAGAGGUACUGGACCAGCAGGCAGGGACAGGGAGAUGUGUCCCCCAGAGACAGAGUCCUCCAGACCAGAGGGAAGAGGUACUGGACCAGCAGGCAGGGACAGGGAGAUGUGUCCCCCAGAGACAGAGUCCUCCAGACCAGAAGGAAGAGCGACUGAGAGAGAGGGAGAUCUAACACGACAUCCAAACCAGGCAGACGCCAGGAGCAACCAACCCCAACCUCCUGCUAUCACUCUCAUCCAGCACCAAGAACCCCCGUCACAUCAGCAGUCUCCUGAGGCUGUCCUGGCGCUCAAUGCUGCCGCCGUCAUAGCCAAUAUCAAACUCCAGAGACAACUGAGCCUGAGGAAGACAACACCGCAUGACCUUUCUACACAGGACUCAAGGUCAUCCACGUCAGCGGAGGGGGGGAAAACACUGGUGAAGGAUACUGGUGGUUGUGUGCUGCCCAGGACUGAUGACAACAGACUAGACCCUGGUGAGACCACCAGAACCACACAUCCCAGGACUGAUGACAACAGACUAGACCCUGGAGGCUCUAGAGCGAUCCAGACCACACUUCAUCAGUCACUCUCAGGGCAGACUGAGAGAGAUGGAGAGGCGGGCGGCAGAGAGGAGGGAGGACAGGCGCUCCGACCACCAGCCAGAGGAGAUGACGCUGAUGCACCAUAGAGGACGUUACAGCACCAGACCCAGUCCUCUGAGUGGUAUGGUACCACUGACUGUUUCUCUCUCUCUGUCUCUCAUAGAGGACGACACAGCA